AUGGAAGAUAAAAUAAAUAAACUUUUUGCAUUAUUCAAUGAUUUCAAGAAUCAAUAACUCUUUAGCUUGGCUUUGGCUCAAAUAGUGAAUGUAUAUAAUGAUUACCCUGCAUGUCUCUAUUAAAUUUUAAGAAAAACAAACAAAUUAAUAUAUUCAAGAGCCUAAGAUCCUCGUCUUCGUUUAGAACAUUCUUAGAUCGCCGCUGCAAUAAUCGAGAGAACCUACAAGAUAUACAACGAACGACUUGAAGAGUAUUUAUUAUCAUCAUCAAAUGAUUCCAUCCCUGAAAAUUUGUUUCAUUUUGAACCAAUAUUAGAUUAAUAAGUUGAUGACACAAUGCAAUAAGAGUAAAUUCGCGAUUACGAAGAAAUAAAAUCAAACAUUAAGCUAAAAAGUGAAUAAAUUGAUUUCAUUCAUCUAAUCAAUGAUGGGAGUGCAAUUCUAGGGAAAGACAUGAAGUACUUAAAAAGAUCAUAAGAGAAUAAAAAUUAAAAAUUAGAUGAUGAAACACUUGACAUUAAAUAAGAAGAAAUUAUGAGAUUGAUGGGUUUGUCUGGGAAUUUUAAUCUCUCAAAUAUUACCAGAUUGUUAGAAUUUAUGCAAGGAGAUGCAGAGAUACCUAUUGAUAUGCAUUCUUCAUCUGAAGAGAUCGUUGAGAGUUCUAGUGAUGAUGAUGCAGUAGGUUAAUACAGGAAAAGGAAUAAAACUAAAGCCAAAUAACCAGAAACCAAUCUAAAAAAGAAACCAUAGGCCUAGAAGAAGAAUUAAAAUACAAAGUAUUGUGUAAUAAAUCCUUUUAAUGUCAUUUACAAUAGAGCAGUCUAUGAAUUAAUGAAUCAUAAAUGGUAGGAAAGGCAUGCAAGUGCCCUAGUUUUGAAAUCAAUUGUUAGACAAAAAGGAUUUUUAAAUUUAGGAUUUAGUUAUUUAAUAAAAGGGGAUGAAAAGGAGAUUAAUGGCAUUUUGAGAGCCAACUUAAUAGAAUAUAUUAGUGAUAAGAAUGGCUAAUUAAAUAAAUUGGAAUAUUUAUUAACAAGAUGUUGUGUAUUAAUUGUGAUGGAUCGAUUUGCAGACUACUUUGGAAAUUAAACUAUUAUGAUUGUAAGAGAAGCAGCAUGUUAAACUGCUAUCACGCUUUUAACAGAUAGAAAUUACAACACUAAUAUUUGGAUUCAUUAUCCUGAUAGUUUUAUGAAGUUUGUUCUAUUAUUAAAGGAUUUCAUUGAGGAAGGUUAAAGAGUAUAAAUAUAUGAAGUCUCUUAGAGUGCUUUAUUCUUAGUUAAAGGUUUAUUGAAAGAUCAUUUGUAAGUGAUUUUUGAUAAUUUCUCAGAAAUGCUUUUGUAAGUUGGUUAAAGAGACAAUGAAGAUGAGAUUCUUGAAUUAUUGGCAGAUAUAUGGAAGGAAUUUCUAUUGUUAGGUUUGAAUCAGAAAUAUUUUACUACUGUUUAUUCCAUUACUAUGGAAUAAUUAAAAAAAUAAGAUGAUAUCAGUUUUGCAGGCAAAUCAAUAUUCUAAUUUCUAAGUGCACUUUUUCAAGCAGGUUUUAAAAUACAGAAACAAUUUUAAGGAGAAGUUGAAAUUUUGAAAAUGUUCUUCUUUCAUAGAAUUGUAGAAGUCAAAGAAUCCUUUUAUUCAUAUUUAUUAGCUUUUUCAAAGCAGUAGACUUAAAAAUAAAAUGAUUCUAGAACCAUAAACUUCAUGAAAAUCAUAUUUUAGACUGGAGUGUUUGAAGAGAAACUUGAGACCUUCCAAAAUUUAAUGAGCAUCCUUGAGCAAUUAUCAAAACAUUUAGAAGAAGAAUAACUAUAUGAAUUUAUUUAAUUUGUCCACAAUUUCUCUACUGAUCAUCAAUUUAAGAAAUAUUUUUAUCUCUUUGAUGGUAUGAAACGAGAAUCUAUAGAUAUACACUAUCCAAACUUAGCUCAAUAUACUUAAAAUCCUAUUGAUAAUUAGACAUAUAGAAUGAUAAAGACUGCUUAUUUGAUUAAAGAUAUCAAUUAUAAUCAUUAAAUAACUUUUGAUUUAGAUCCGAUUAAUUUUAUAUACACCUUCAAAAAUUACAUAAAUAAUAAAAAAGAUCUAAAUCAAGAAGUGGAUGUUAGUAGUUAAAAUGGAUGUUGUUUUGAUGAAUUAGAUCUCAAAAUUCAAGUAUCGAUGCAACAGUUGAAUAUAUUACUGAAAAACUAUAUGUAAAUUGAGAAAGAACAAGAAUAUUUAGCAAUCAUAUAAGGAUUUGUGAAAAUUUAUGGAGAUUUUGCAAUUGCCCCUGCUCAUUCACCAAAGCUGAGAUAAUUAUAUCCUGUUAUUCUAAAUUAACUGAAGUAGUUGAGUCAAAUUGACUAUGAGAUGGAUUAAGAAUCAAUAUAGAAAUUAUAGGAUACCACAUCAGAUUUGGUCUAAAGUUUAUAAUCGUUUACAAAAUUGAGCAAUGAGCUGAGCUUGAACUUUAAGGUAUUAACUUCAGAUCACACUGAAUCAUUAAUUUAAAGAAUAAGAAUAGACAAAUUUCAUUUAAUUUAGGAUAUUGCUUCAGAAAGAUUAUCCAGAUAGAUGUAGUUAAAUCCCAACUGUUGUGAUUUAACAUCUCUUUAUGUUAAAUAGAGUACAUAAUAAGCAGUCUAAUAUAUCUUAUCCUAGAAGAAUGAAUUGAAAAGAAAGGAUUAUGGGAGAAAAAGGUUGAUUUGGCAUUUGCUUAGAAAUUAAACUGAUUUCUAAUUUUGGCAUCUCUUUUUUGAGAGGCUUUUCCUAUAACAAUUGAAUUAUAUACCAAAUGACUUAAGAUUUAAUUCAACUCUGAUAACUUAAAAAACUAAAUUAACUAUAAGAGUAGAGGAUUUGAAAUAUAAUUUAUGGGGGAUAGGUCUGAUAUAAAAUGCGUAUUCAUUAUUCAUGUAACAUCCAGAGCAUCCUGAUUUUGACAGAUGGGCCUAAUACUUAUUGUCAAAACUAUUGAACUAUUUACCAGUGUUAAGUAAUAUAAGUGAUGACGAUAAUAAUAAAAUAAUUUUGGAUGAUCUGAAGGGUGGAAUAUAAAUAGAAUUUGAUUAAACAUUUAAAAAGUUAGCAGUAUUAAAGAAUACCCUACUUAAACUAUGUGCUAAAUUUAUUCAUUUCCUAUCGGUUUCAAGGAAUAUUAGUGUAUUCGAUCAAGUGAUAAUGCAAAUAAAUCAAAUGCUGAAAAGGAAUGAAAAUGGAAUGUAUGAGAUUUUGAAUAUAAUUUUGAAAGAAUAUCCAAUUUCAUUAGCACCUAUAAGUGGUUUUCUAACUUUGAAAGCUAUCAAAAAGUUGACUGCAAAAGACCCAAAUACAGCCUAAGCAGCAGGCAAGUUGUUUGGAUUUUUAGUGCCCAUAUUGACUAUUAUGGAAGCACCCUAUUCUCCAACAUCACCACAAUUAAUUAAUAAAUUUUAAAAGGCUAAGGAAUUUUAAUUAGGAUUUGGUAAGAUGACCAAAGUUGAUUAUAAAGUGGAAGGAGGAAUAAAAGAUCGCAGCAUUUUAAGAGAUUAUUAAUGGGACGGUAUUAGAUGGUUAGGAUUUUUAAUUAAAUAUAAUCUACAUGCUGCCUUAUGUGAUGAUAUGGGUUUGGGAAAAACAAUUUAAACAUUAGUAGUGUUAGCAAAUGAAGUAUUUAAAAGAAAAAAUGAAAAUUUGGUGUCCCUUGUUGUUGCCCCAAGCACAGUUGUAGAUCAUUGGUAUGCAGAAACAAAGAAGUAUAUAAGUAAUGCUGUUCUGAAACCUCAUAUAUAUGAUGGAGUCUUCUCAGGCAAUUUUAUUAUGGUCUCUUACAAUUAAUUACUAAAAUUAAAUCAAAAUUUUCUAAAUCAAGAAUUUUAUUUUCUAAUCUUAGACGAAGCUCACAUUUUAAAGAACAGCAAGAAUAAGACCAGUAAAGUAAUAAGGAGUUUGAAAGCAAAACAUAAGAUAGUAUUGUCUGGGACUCCUGUUCAGAAUCACCUAUUGGAAUUGUGGUCUCUUUUUGAUAUUCUAUUGCCAAAUUAUUUAGGUGAUGAAGAAUAUUUUAAAAAGAAUUUUUCUAAAGCUUUUCACACUAAUAUUUUUUCAUUGACUGAAGAUGAAAUUCUAUUUGAUGAAUAAUAAAUUAAGACUUUAAGAUUGCUUCAUAAAAAGGUAUUACCUUUUAUAAUGAGAAGAACUAAAUAAGAUGUGCUACCACAAUUACCAGCUAAAAUAAUAGGAGAUUAUUACUGUACUUUAUCAGAACCAUUGCAAUCUCAAAUUUAUUAAAUUUUAGAAUCUAAUUCAUUUUCUACUGAUAUUGAAUAACAAAUUACUAAAACUUAAGGAGAGUAAAAAAAUAAGGUUUGUGAAUCUGUUCUGAAAUUAUUACAUAAAUUAAGAUAAGCCUUAGAUCAUCCAAUUUUAGUCAGAAGUGUGAUUUUACCAAACAAAAGACCAAAGAAAAAAGUCAAAACAGAAAGUAUCGAGAUGUUAGCUGAGUAAGAAAUAAAUUAGCUGUUAGACAAGCAAGAAAAACCUGAUAGCUAUUCUCAUUCAGGAAAGAUGAUUGCUUUGAAAGAUAUUUUAUAAUAAUUGGGAUUUUAAUCAACAGAUGAUGCUCCAUAACAAUAAACUCAAGGAGAUUAAAUUACAAUUUAUACUAACUUUAAUAAAGUUUUAGUUUUCUCUAGAUUUAGAGCUGCCUUGUAAUUGAUAGCUGAACAGUUAUUAAAAACCUAAUUUCCAGGAUUAUAAUAUUUAAUUUUAGAUGGAAGUGUUCCUUAAACUUAAAGAUACCCUUUGGUAACUAAAUUUAAUGAGGAUCCAGACAUCAGAGUGUUGCUUCUUACAACUUAGGUUGGUGGUUUGGGAUUGAAUUUAAGUUCAGCAAAUAUUGUGAUAAUGUUUGAUCAUGAUUAUAAUCCUGUUAAUGAUCAAUAAGCAAUGGAUAGAGCUCAUAGAAUAGGAUAAAAGAAUGUUGUUUAAGUGUUUAGAUUGAUUGUUAAGGAUACUUUGGAAGAGAAAAUUAUGGGAAUUCAACGCUUUAAAUCAGCAAUAUCUAAAGCCAUUGUGAAUUAAGAUAACGCUUCAUUAAAACAAAUGGAGAAAACAGAUCUAUUAUCUAUGUUAGAAUCGACUGCUUAAAGUAACAAUAAAGAAAAAAAUACUGAGGAAGAACAAAUUGAAAAAUUAAGUGGUCCAUAUUCAAAGAUAUUAGGAUAACUUAAAUUGGAUUUAUUAGAACAACUUAAUUUUGACAAAGAGUAUUGA